AUGGCCGGCACCCCUAACGGGCAGCUGGCGGGCGGAUGGGAGCCCGGGUCCCCGAAGAUGCGGGUGCAUCCGGAGACGCCGGCGCCCGAACUCUUCCGGGACGCCGCCUUCCCGGCUUCGGAUACCUCGCUUUUCUUCAGCUUCUCCACGCCACUGACCCAGUUCCGGGAGGACUUUACGUGGCGGCGGCCCCAGGAGAUCUGUGCCGCCCCCCGGCUGUUUCCCGACCGCCCCCAGGAGGGGCAGGUGAAGCAGGGGCUGCUGGGAGACUGCUGGUUCCUGUGCGCCUGCGCGGCGCUGCAGAAGCGCCGGCGCCUCCUGGAGCAGGUCAUUCCCCCGGGACAGCCGAGCUGGCCGGACCCAGCGUACCGGGGCUGCUUCACCUGCUGCGUGUGGCAGUUCGGACACUGGGUGGAGGUGACGGUGGAUGACCGCCUGCCCUGUCUUGCUGGGAGACUCUGCUUCUCCCGCUGCCAGAGUGAGGAUGUGUUCUGGCUCCCUCUGCUGGAGAAGGUCUACGCCAAGCUCCACGGGUCCUAUGAGCACCUGUGGGCAGGGCAGGUGGCAGACGCUCUGGUGGACUUGACCGGCGGCCUGGCAGAAAGAUGGAACCUGAAGGACUUAGCAAAAGCCAGUGGCCCCCAGGACAGGCCUGACACCUGGGGACAAAGGACCCUCCAGCAGCUGCUCUGCCUGAAGGACCAGUGUCUGCUGAGCUGCUCCGUGCUCGGCCCCAGAGCAGGCACCCCGGAGCUGGGGGAGUUCCAUGCCUUCGUCGUGUCGGAUGUCCAGGAGUUCCGCAGCGCAGCCGGCGAGGGCGUCCUGCUGCUGUGCGUCCACAACCCCUGGGGCCGGCGGUGCUGGCGGGGGCCCUGGAGAGAAGGGGGCGAAGGGUGGAGCCGGGUCGAGGCGGAGGUGGCGGCGGCACUCUUGUCCCAGCUGCAGGAAGGGGAGUUCUGGGUGGAGGCGGACGAAUUCCUUCGAGAGUUUGACGAGCUUACCAUUGGCUUCCCUGUCUCCGAGGACGGCCACCUGCAGAGCCUCUACUCAGGAAGGGCGCUGAGCCACACCCAAGCACUGCCGGGGGCCUGGGUCAGAGGCCAGUCGGCCGGGGGGUGCCGGAACAACAGCAGCUUCCCCAGUAACCCCAAGUUCUGGCUGCGGGUCUGGGAGCCCAGCGAGGUGUGCCUGGCCGUGCUCCAGAGGCCCCGGGCGAGGGACCCCCAUGCCCCGCGGGGCCCAGCCCGCCUUCCUGGGAAGGACCUCCAGGCUGUGGGCCUCCAUGUGUGGAAGGUGGAGAAGCGGAGGGUCAGCCUGCCUGCAGUCCUGUCGGCACCCCCCGUGGCGGGCACCGCCUCCCACGCGUACGACCGCGAGGUGCAUCUUCGCUGUGAGCUCUCCCCUGGGUACUACCUGGCCGUGCCUAGCACCUUCCUCAAGGACGUGCCGGGCCAGUUCCUGCUCCGGGCCUUCUCUUCCGGAAGGGUCUCCCUCAGUGCCAUCAAGCUGGCCCCCAGGAGCACAGUCCCUGGGGGCACCCUGCCAGCGGGAGAGUGGGAGACCGUGCGGCUGCAGGGCUGCUGGCGGGCCGGGCAGACGGCGGGCGGCAGCAGGAACUUCGCCUCCUACCCCAGCAACCCCUGCCUCCCCUUCUCCGUGGCCGCCGGCGGGGGCGCCCGCUGCGUCCGCAUCACGCUGCGCCAGCACUGCCAAGAAGGAGCCUGCCACCCCAUCGGCUUCCACGUCUUCCAGGUUCCCGACGGGGCCCAGAGCCAGGGUGAGCCCUCCCUGCUGCACCGGGAGCCUCUGUCCAGCUGUGUGCCUCACCGCCAUGCCCUGGAGGUGAGCCAGCUGUGCCAUCUGCCUGCGGGCACCUACGGAGUGGUGCCCUCCACCUACCUGCCCGACACAGAGGCAGCCUUCAGUGUCACCAUAGCGACCAGGAUUGACAGGCGGUCCCUCCAGAGUCGGGAGAGGCUUGGGCAGCUCCUUCAGGAGGCCUCCUUCACGGCCGUGAUGAAGACGCAACAGGGUAGCCACGUCUACCAGGCCCAGGACGUCUGCACACAGUACCCCCACCUUGGCUCUGCGGUCUCAUCACCUGAUGGUGCAAGGGACUGUGCCAUGGAGAGCGGCAAAGGGACCCAGGACCCGGGAGAGGGAGCUGCCGGCUGCCCAGAGGCCCUGGGGCCAAGCCUGGUCUGCAAGGGAGGCAGGAACCCCAGCUUGGAGCCCCAAGCCCAGAUGGGAGCUUCACCAUGUCCCCCGACCAUCUUAUCUUAA